GGGGGAGAUGCGGGGAAUGUAUUGGGGUGUUUGUGUUUGUGUGUGUUGUGGGGGCCGAUCGCGCGGGGCGUGAUAUAAGCAGCGUGGCCGCAUCCCGAUCCGCUUUCACGCUCGCUGCCCCGCACACCCAGGCAGCAGAGUCCACUCCCAGCCACCAUGUCCUCCGCCUUCUUCCCCUCCUACAAGCCCCAGGUCCUCUCCCGCCAGGAGGGCUUCCACCUCCCGUCCCCCUCCCACAACCCCCCGUCCCCCCCUCCAGCAAUGGCACCCCUAGCAACGCUGCCGUCAACUUCGACCCCAACAACCUCUUCCUCCCCCCCUUCCUCUCCAUCCCCGACUCCUUCCGCAAGUUCCCCGCCUCCGCAGACACCGCAGCCAGCAUGGACUUCACCGACGAGCUCGCCAGCCUCAUCCACAACGACCACCAGUCCAGCGAGCGCUCCACCCAGAACGGCAACGGCGCCCAGAACGGCGCGUACGAGGACUACCGCCCGCCCACGCACAACAUCUUCGACAUCUCCGCGCCCACCUCCCACCAGCACCACUCCGCGCACGCGCACAACCACGCGCACUCCUUCCACCCCCAGUCGCCCUUCUCCCUCGGCAACGCCCCCAGAACGCCGCGCAGCAGCCCGAGUUCGCCCACACCAACUUCAACAGCACCCUCCCCGCGCUCGGCUCCUCCAUGCGCUACGAGCCGCCCCCCGCCCCCGCGCCGCACUCGCCCUUCUCCCUCAACCACCCCCAGCACAACCACACCCAGCACAACCAGAACCUCGCCCACUCCUCGGCGCCGAGCCCUCCUCCUUCUCCUCCCACCUCUCCUUCACCCCCAACGGCAACGGCGACCUCCUUUCCACCCCGCGGGCACGCGCCAGACGCCCUCCCCGUCUCCGUCGCCUCCCCCACCGAGUUCUCGCGCUCGCGCUCGCGCUCGACCACGCGCCAGGCGCAGGGCCAGGGCGAGCCGCCCUCGACCAACGGCGGCCCCGCCCGCCGCACGCGCGCGAAGCGCGGCAGCGUCAGCUCCGUGAGCCCGCCGCCGCUCCACCGCGGCCACACGCAGCCGCUGAUCAUCCCCGGGAACAGCCUCGGCGGGAUGAACGGGAUGGGCCCGGGGAGCGCCCGCGGCCCCGCGAGCCCGCUCGGCCUCCAUGGCAGCGGGUGGUUCGUGCCCGGGGGCCAGGGCGAGUUCAGCCUGCCCACGCCGGACUCCGUGCAUGGUGAGUCUCUCGAGCUGUAUGUUGGGUGGUAACGCGUGCUGACGGCUCUGCGA